UCUUUGUCUCAGUUGUCAUUUGUCAAGUCGAUAAAUUUAUUGUGAGGAGAAAAAGCUCCACCAAAUUUUAUAAAUUUUCAUUUAAAUUUGCUGAUUUUAACACAUACAAAAUUGUGUGCACGAAAUUCUUUAUCCCGUACAAAUAAACGCCAUCUGAAAACGCUGGACGAACGCUUUUAACAAGUACAAAUCAUGGUGAUUGUGUGAUCGAGAUGAGUUCUAAACCACAAAUAUACCAUGAGAAGCAAGUAAAGGAGUUGUGCGCACUGCAUGCGCUUAACAAUUUAUUCCAGACCCGUAACACAUUCUCAAAAUCAGAAUUAGACACAAUAUGCAGCCGUCUGUCUCCAAAUGUCUGGAUCAACCCCCACCGCUCCAUGUUGGGCCUCGGCAACUAUGACAUCAAUGUGAUUAUGGCAGCGUUGCAAAAGAAAGGUUGUGAAGCUAUCUGGUUUGAUAAGAGGAAAGAUCCUGGAUGCUUAGAUCUGUCGAACAUCUGUGGGUUCAUUCUGAAUGUCCCAUCAGACUACAAGCUGGGCUUUGUCAUGCUGCCGCUGCGCAGGAGGCACUGGAUCACCAUCCGACAGAUACAGGGGAACUUCUACAAUCUGGACUCCAAAUUAGAUACACCACAGUUAAUAGGAAGGAGUAGUGAUUUAAUAGCAUACUUAAAAGAGCAGCUGGAGUGCAAAGAGAAGGAACUGUUUGUGGUUGUGAGCCAAGAGGUGGAGGAGAAACAGUUGUGGAUAAACCAGUUCAUCCUGCAGGACAACGGAGGCCACAACGUCUCCAUCCACAAGGAAACCCCCCUCGAGACCCCGGACUCCAGUCCUACUUGUGACUACAAUACUCGCGACGCGGAGUGCUUGAGGUUGAACGAAGUGAACUGUGUCAAUAGUGAGACCUUUUGAAGUGUAUUUUUUUUUUCAAUUCACUAAGCUCUAUAAUAUAGACAAUUAUAAUACACAUGGCACAGACAAAAAAAAACAGUACAUUUACCACAAAAUAAUUUGAACAUAUUUAAUUAUUUAUUUAUUUAUUUAUUAUACAUUAUUGCACAAAAAAGAAAUAUAACAAAAGAACACAAUAAUUUUACAGGCAAAAAUAAAGGUGACCUUAUCAGUAAUAGUGAUCUCUUCCAGACAACUUAAACGUAUAUUAUCUAAAUAUUAUCCUGUGAAGCGAAAAACUGCAAUACAAUAAAUAAUUACUAUACUCCAUAAAUAAUAAUAACAAUAAUAAUCGUUUAUUUAUCACACAAGGUGUACAAUUUUUCAUGAGUUCAAGAACUGGCUAUCCUAGCUAGAUUUUACGGAUCUGUGUUAAGGAUAAUCAGCCCUCUCAGCCCAGUACAAUCUGACAGUGAUUAAAACCUAUGGAAAGAUGUUUCCAUUUUUCCAACUUUUGGAAGUACGCUUAACUUAACCAGGAAUAAAAAGAGAUUGUGGAUUGCCUAGAUUUUACAAGUUUUUGCGUUCACACAUAAGGGGGUCUGUAUAAUUGUUACAGCCUCUGCUGUCAUAUUUGGUCAUAUUGACUACAAUCUACAGAGCAUUAUCAACAUCAGGGGAUUUGGAUGGACUCGAUGAACCCACUAUUUCAUUCCAAAGUGGGUUUGCGAGCUACAUGUAUCUGUUGUUUUCUGACGUGUUUGUUCCCGCCACUAGAACUAUUUUUGUGGAUUGUCAAUAUAAAUAUUUGUCAGUGAAAUUGAACUAUGUUUAAAGAUGAAGUGAUAAGUUUAAGGUGGUGAUUAUUUGUUUAGUUUAUACAUUUAUUUCGUAUUUACAAUGUUACUAUAAUAUCUCAAUGAGCUUGAAAAUAUUUUGGGGAAGGAUUUGAGAUAUAAAGAGAAGAUUGCAUUAUUUGGUAAAAAGUUAUGUUAUAGAUGGCAUAAUACAUCUAUAUCUUUAAAAAAAAUAACAAGAUAUUGUUUUUAAUAUUUUUAUUUUACAAAAAUUUUAAAUAUUUCAUCCUCAAAUGACCUGCGCAAAGGGGGUACCUACGGUAAUACCUAUCAGACUACGAAAUUAGGCCUCUUUACUGUGGUACCAGUACAGCUCGUGCAGAUUAACUUGACACCUGGCCCAAAUGAUGUUUGUGCUGUGUUUGAUAGCUAUACUACAACCUUUCAUAAUACUGUUUACCAACAAAGGAAUGAAGGUCAAUGCAUGUCAUUUCAUAACUUAUUUAUUUUAAUUAAGUAUGGUUUGUUUAUAAAAUGUAUUAAACAUAUCUAAUUGUUCAAAGCUUAUUAAUCAAAUUUAUUUUAAUUAAUUUAAGAACAAGUUUAUUAUAAUUAUUAUUUGGUUAUGAAAUGACUAGUGAUUUAUACCCUCAUUUUUAAUUUGUUUUUUUUGGUAAAUAGUACUCGUCAAGAAAGGCUUUAGUAUAGGUGACAAGUUAAUGCGCACGGAUUAUACGACUUAUGUAUGCACCAAUGGUGUAAGAUUAUUAUGAGAUUUUAUAGUGACAAUUGUCAAUAUGGGUGUGCAUGUGUUCAGUUGUGUAUAACUAAUGUGUUUGUGUGUGUACGUGUGUGACUGAGCGAUACAAUAAUUAAUUAUUAUAAUUAUUAUUAAUAUAAAUUGUCAUAGUGUAAGCUAAGUACAUGUAGGAUUUGGACUGUCGGGUUUUCUUAUAAUGAAAUUCAAUUAUCUUCACCAAUAAAUAAUAAUUAGCAUUACAUAUACCAUAAUAGACGUUAGUAAAUCAAAAUACAAAAGGUUUUCAUUACUUAUUUGCACCAUUUCACAUAUUUAUUGGAACAACACUAUAAAAAAAUAUAUACUGACUUAAUAAUAACACACAGUUAUCAUGGCACCAUAGUAUUGAAGAAUUUAUGGUGAACUUAUACAUACAGUCGAAUAUAAAAUUCCUUUUCUGAAAUCAACAAGUUAAAAACAACAGUGUUAAGUGCGUCCUGUAACACAUAACGCAAGCCAUUUCUAAGGACAAAGUUACAUGAGGUGUUUCAAGGGCAAUGCCUCAUUAGUGCGUUGCGUCGUCGCAGUGGAUCAACGCAUUGUAUGCCACACGUGCGUUGCAAUGACAAGAGGUCUCAGCGCAAAAGGACGACGCACGCACCCAGUCAGUCGCAACCACAGAACAGACAGCACUGAAAGCUAACGCUUUAGCAAUAGAAGUAGCAAAGGGGCGUGGCCCGCUUACACCCGGGUGUGCGGAACUUCGCAAGCGUUUCCGCGCAUGUACUAGCAGUCUUGUUUUGCUCUGUGAAAAAAGGAAUAAAUAAUAUUCAACUGGUAAAGAAUUGGCACUUUAUAAAUCUAGUUACCUCUUAUAUCUGUGGUCACAACAAUGCAUGCAAAACAAAUGAGCACUGUCCGCUGUCCGUUGAAACGUCGCCUGCGACGACCCAACAAUUUAAUGUGGUUGCCAUUUAAAAUAUAUGGAAAACAACGCAACGUACUAAUGGGCCACUGCUCUUAUUCGGAUUAAUUGCAUUAUACCAUUAUGCAUUUGAUAAAAGAUAAAAAUAUAUUUUAAUAAAAAGUGGUCACACUUAUAUCGCGAUUAUUACGGUUUCAUGUCAAUGUGUAAUUUGGGGACUUUUUUUUAGAUUGUUUUGUGUACUUACUUGCGUCUAUCAUUAAGUUUUCGUUCAUUGUUAAUUUAUUUAUUGUUUACAUGUAUAUUUUGUUGUUGUUUAUUUGUUACUAUUUACUAAUUAAGUAGGUACCUAGAUUAUCUCGUUGAUAUUUCGCUGUGCUUUGUCUCUUGUCUAUUUAUAUUAUUUCUGUCUGUCAUCAAACGCCAUGCUAGUGUGAAAAUCAGGUGCCACGGAUUACCUAUUUUGUAGGUAUACCGUGUCAGUUGCAAAUUUGAAAAAAAAUCACAGUUUUUUAUUGAAUUUGUAAAUUUUGAUUUUUAAAUAGAUUGUCUAUGUUGUAAUUUUGUUAUUUCACGCGAAUGCGCCUAAUUUUCAGUUAAUUUUGUACAUAUCAAGCUUUUUAUGUAGCAUACAAAGUGGUGCCAGGAAUACGACCUUAAAUUAAUACACAAUCGCUAACAGUCAAUCAAAAUACGAUUAGGUGAUUAAAUUAAUUAUUGUAUAAUAAAUAAAAAAACUAAAUUUUCAAACAAAAUAAAUUCGGAAAUAAUCUAAAAAAUUCACAACAUCCUUUAUAAUAAUAUAAAACUAACCUCAAGUGACCUAUAGGUAAAAGCGGCAACAUCGCGUCUCCUAGUUUUUGGUUAUUAGGCGGUCCGUUUGUAGUGCGUAAAGUUCUUUCAUGCACUUGUAGGUACUUAUCUACAUAAGAAUAAUCACGCCGCGGCGGGCGGGAGCGCCAAAAUUUAAUUAAUUUGUAUUUUGUACGCCGCACGAGACGAGUAGAUAUUGUUGUUAAAUGUUACUCAUCAAAACUCACACAUUUUAAACAUGAUAGGUAUAGGUAGGUACUCGUACGUAUUUACAGUACUUAGCUUGAAUUUUUAAAUGCUGGAAAUGUCCACCAUUGAUUAAAAUACACAUGUUACAACGUCGCGAGAUAUCGGUAUACUCAGUAGCAGUAUCACCGAAACGUGGCAUUAUGUUUCAAUACCAAAACACACUUCACAAUAAAAAAAACUACACAAAUCACAAGAAAUGUUUGAUUUGUAUAAAACAAUGCGCAAGGGUAGCAACUGGCUAUCACUCACUGAGUCACUAUUCAAAAGACGCCGCCCGCGCCGGGAACCAAAUCUAGCAAAAACACUAAAUGUAUUUCUAUCCUAUUCCCACUUAGUAAAUCUUCCAAACACCUACAGUUAGCUAAAAACAUAUGAUAUUGAAUGAAAGCCCUUAUAGGCCAGGAUCCGGUGAAUAUUUUAACAGUUGAUGACUGUCAAGUUAAUUUUCCGUGAGUAGCUUCGUCUUGAUGAGGCGCCCAACUUGUAAAUUUUCGAAAAUUAUUUAUUUUGGUAGCUAACAGAGUUACUAGAUAACAAAAAUGUCUGAGCAUAGGAACGAAAUAACUGACCACGCUAUUUGUAAGACAAUAUGGGUGAUAAGUUGUAUAACUAUUAAUUUAUACAACUUUUCAGCCAUAUUGUCCUACAAAUUCAAUGUUAUUUAUGCCUCAUCAAGACAAAGCUACUCACAUAAAAUUAACUUGGUAGUGAUCAACUGUAAAAAUGUUCCCCGGAUCCUGGACUAUUAGUGCCCAAUUGACAACGUCGCAAUUUUCGUUUGUUUACAUUAAAAAUAGGUACAAAAUUUGUGGUGCCGAAUAAUUAUUGUAGGUAAGUAUGGUAAAGAUAAUAAGAAUUUUUAUUCUUAUGUGCAUUAGGUCUAAAUUUCAAUAGGAUUUUUGUUUUUUGUAAGUUACCAAUAUUUUUUAAAACGCACAUUUUAAAUUGUUAUUUUGGUUUAUCAAGGUGAAUGACCUAGUGAAUUUUCGUGAGGUAUUUGUAAUACAUUUACAGCGUGUUCAGAAAUUGUUUAAGUGAAAAAAUUAUCCUGUGGCUAAACCACUGCAUAGAAAUUAAUAAAAAUUGGCGUGCAGACUACUUACACGAUACCCCAUAUGUGGUUGAAAUUAAGGUCGUAAUCGUUUCACCACUUUGUAUAAAGCGGGUUUUAUGAUUAUUUUUCACUGGCAGCCUGUAAGGACGGUUUACCAAAUUUAAACCCAACUGUAAACGCAUCGCUUCUUAAGCGGUUUUUAUCACAUAUGGAUAUUGACUUUAUAUUUCGUUAUUGUUUAUGUUCGUACUCGACUAAAAUACUAAAGUAGUCCGAACUACAUAGGCAUAAGGGUCGUUGCAUAUCUGGCGAGUUUAUUACUAACGCUGACAAUUUAUUGGUUUGUUCUCUCAUUGAUGAUCACGGCUUAUCGAAUUGAAUCUAACAUAUCAUAUUGGAUUAAAAUAUUUAAUUUAUUAAAUAAAUCGUACAUUUUCACAAACGGGUUCGGCCUUCUGAACAGUAUCGGUUGUGGUAGAACUCUAGAGUCGGACUGGUGGUUUUGCUGCGUUUGCUGUGAAUAGGUUUUGUUAUAAUUCUUUUUUUGUGAUGUUACAGUUGUUUUUUGGGAGGUGUUAUAUGUAUCACGGGCACGUUGAGUCUUCUUUAAAUUUUCAUUAUCGUCGUCUUCAUAAUUAUUAAUAGAGAGGCGACUAUGUGCCUGAGUGUUAUAUAUUUUUGACUAUUUAUCAACGUCACAGAGAAAUUCUCAACGCCCGAUAUGCAACGACCUUAAGGAUUUGUGUAAUAUCGAGUUUAGCAGCCCCUGCGUCGGCCUAACGAUAAAUUUAGAUAUGUAAGCGACUGGUUUUUGUAUUUCUAAUUAAUAUAGAAUUUUACUGAGAAAAUAUAUGGAUACCAAUAUUUGUAGUUAUAAAAUUAAUAUCUAUAUAUUUGUGUAUGCAGUUAUAUACGGGUGUUUUAUCAAAUCCAAAUUCGUUUAUCAAGUGAGUAUUCAUAUAUUCGCGUUUCAAUAAUAAUAGUAAUACUCAUAAUAACAAUUAAUUCUUUAUUUUUUAAAUUUUAAUUUCUUUCAUUUUAUCAUUCUGUGAUAUUAAUUUGUUUGCAUAUAAUAUAUUAUACUAUUGACAAAACACCUGUAUGUAUGUAUGUAAGUUAGGAACAAAUAAAUGAAACAAAACGUAUAACGCCAAAUACCUACUCACCAAAAUGUAUACUAUAGAAUGAAUUAAACUCCAUAAAUUAAUUACUUACCAACAGUUUUCAUCUUGUGAAGCUUAAGCAUUAAAGAUCUGUAAUUAUGUUUAAUUUUUAAAUUCGAUUUCUGUGUUAUGUAAUUAUUUUGUAUUCUCUGAGCAGUUAACAGUUUUUAACUGUCACACGAUGGCGCUCUGCUCAACGUUUUCAUUUCAGAUUUCAGGUAAAAUCUAACGUAGAAAGAGAAGUAAAUAGACAUACACCACACCAUAUAUUCACUAAUAUAUUUUAUUUAUAACUUGCAACAAGUCGAAACUGUAAUGUCGUACUCGCAAUAAUUAUAUAUAUUUUUUAAUAAUUAAAACAUAAUACACAGACAACAUAUUUGUCAAACUUUUUUGGACGAUCGUUGUGCUUUAAAUUAAGAAAUUUCCACGUGCUAUGACGUGUACCGCAUUAUCGAAUCGCUGUUUCGUUCCUUUACGUGAUGGAUGCUUUCUGUCUAUUUAAUUCUGUCUACGUAAUCAUAAUUAUUUUUAACUGGCUUCAUAACUUUGCUUGUGUAUAUAAAUACCGUCUAUGAUGUAUAGUUAGUGAAUGAACUCAAGAUGUCAUUUUCAGUGCGAAGUUAUGUCUUCUUUAGGUAUAUAGACACUACACAAGAGCAGUGCGAAUGUGUUAGUAAUAACCAGGAAUAAAAUAACCAACAUAUAUUAAAAUUUACUUACAAUCAUCAUCACUUCUACACAAAAAUUCGAGCAUGUGGCAUAAAUAUUUUGAAUAACCAAUUAACAUUGUUAUACCUAAUUCCAUUUACUAAGAAGAUAAAGGUAAUAAAAAGUUAGUUGUGAAUUUUAAACGAAAUCUAAUAAAAAUUGUGCCUGUAUUGUUUAAGGCAGUUGUAUGUCGUCGGUGUAGUGCUCGGAGGAUUUAGACUUGUUGGCUCCUCAGAUGGUAUGAGUCAAUGAUUUUAUACUAUUAGAUAUGUCGAAACCAAGGCGAAGAAAUGUGGCUAAUUGUUUUAAUUUAAUUUAGUCGCAUAGCAAGGACAACGAAAGUUUUUUUAAUCAAAUAUUACCUAAACAUUGUCUACAAUGUCGAGUUGUGUGUUCAGAAAGCGUAAAAACUAUACAUACAUGAAUAUAUAAUGUAAGUAAACACAAAAUUGUGCAUGUGUGCUCAGUGGAGUACUAAAUUCGGAUUACUUUUUGUAGUCUUACAAAAUCUUGUAGGCACGUAACAUAUCUAGUACUAUAAAAUCGUUGGUAUGACUACGUCAAUUUUAUUCGCGAUACGCACAUUUUGGACAGAAUCUGCGAUAGCCAGACCACAUUUUAUGAAGACUAAUAUUUUCCUCAUCAUAAAGAAAUGAUGUCCGCAGUCGCCCCAGUGAAAUUCAUAGACAAUGCGGGGGCGCCCCCAGGGGACCGUUCAUCCGCUGAGUUUCGAAUUUAAACUCUGCGUUUGAGAAUUCGACACUAAACGGUCUCCUAGGGGCGCCCCUAAGGCGAAUUCCACUGUUAGAUUCGCGACAACCCUUCUAAAAACACCGUUAAAGAUUUUUUUCAAGACACGGAGCCAAGGUUCUAGCGACUGGAUAUGCGAGUAUGAUUAAUCAUAAUAUCCUAUAAUAUAAAUAAAUAUAAAAAAAAAUUACGUUUUAUACUUGGACCGACCUUCAAACUUUUCAAAGCCACCACAAUCCAAAUUCCAUAAUAGGGUAGUUGACUCAUCUUUAAUAUAAACAAUAUUAAUUUCGUGUAUUAUUUCCAUAUUUAAUAAAAAAUAGUAAAAUAAUUAUAGGAUGUCCGAUUUUUUGCUUAAAAACGAUUUAAAUGCUUUAACUCACAAUUUUCCUAAAAACUCGUUAAACACAGAGAUGAUAAUUAACUACUAUACUCUCGAUAUAAACAUUAAUCAUGGUUUUAAUAAAAAAAAAACAGGAAAGGGCGAAAACUAAACAAAACUUGCUUGACCUAAUGUCACAUACUUGAAGACCAUCAUGGUGGAUAGCGUUUCAGACGUUUAAUCAAAAGUUUUAUUUGAAAUUUGAGAGUAGGUAACUAAGUCUCAAAAAUAAAUAUACGACAAACAACAACAACACGAUAACAUAACGAAACAACGAUAAUGAAUAAUUAAAGACCGUUUAAAAAAAAAGUGUCAACUAGCUUAUUUGCUUACCAUAUUUUCAUUUGGUAGGAGCGUGAACUGACUUACAGCUUUCAUAAAAUGCGAUGUAUCUGGCUGUCGCAGGCUCUCAUUUUAUUUAUUUUUAUUGUAUUUAUUAAGUAUAAAAUAUAUUUUUUUAUUUUUAAUUUUAACACCACGUGUUCAAUUCAAUAUUAUUUAUACACUUGUACUUCAGUCGCGUAUCACGUAGAAAGUUGACGCGUUUAAAUUAUAUCUUGUGACUUGUAAGGACUAAUUUCGAAUCUUAUAUCUUUUACUCUACUUACAUUGUUGUAAAUAAAUGAUAUUUUUCCAAAAAUAGAUAACGUGAUAAUU